AUGCCUGGUGUAGCCGCCACCUUUCAUCAGCGCGGUGCUUCAAAGAAAAACUUCAAAUCCGUCCUUGGCUUCGGGUCUUUCAACCGAAGCCGUUCUUCCGUUGACUCUUACCUUCCCCGUCAACCUACAAGUAGAGUCAGCAUCGAUACCACAAGAAGUUUUCAAUACAAGCGCAAAUCCCGCCAAGAACGUGCAAGUGCAACCGACGUCUCCUCUGAUUCACUCUCAAGUUCCCCCCACGCACAUCAGGAGCAGAGUCAGAACCAUAAACACGACCCCAAUAACUCCGUCCGCAGUAUGAAGUCCAUAGACGCCGCUCAUACCCGUCCUGCUAGAAGACCACCGGUCAGGAUUGAUGCUCAGGAAGGUCCCUGGAGCGUCAGCGUCGCUGAGACUCCACAUGAUGCACACUCAUAUAGCAUUUACAUAAAGACUUCCACGCACAACCUCACCCUGACCCGCACUGCCACAGAGGUCGUCGAGUUGCACGUCAAGCUUGCAGACUCCGUCCCAGGCACCAGACUUCCGAAGUUGCCCAUAGACUUGGCGGCCCAGCCCAUCAAGCGGAAUAUCUUCCUCAACACGCUGUCCCGCCUUGCCUCACCAAGCAACAAAGUAGCGCGUACGGUAUCUACACGCAUCGCCAGCGCCAGUUCCAUCACUCCCAUCGUUUCACCCACGCACGAGAUUGGCGACCCUUUUACAGAGCCGGGCACCACAGGUUCAGGGACCAACGUAGUCACGAGCCUUGCUGCAUAUCUUACCACCAUCUCAAAUGAGCCAACGUUCCGACAGGCCCGCGCAUGGAAGCGUUUUGUACGUGUGCGCACCGAUGACCUCGAGAGCGUGCGUGUAGAGCGCGCAAUCAAGCGUGUACGCUCUGAUCUGGCAGCGCAUGGGAGCUCUAAAGUUACCACAAAUGUCAGUUCGGCCAGCGUCAACGAAAUCGAGGUAGAUGGUAUCAAUGGUGCUGCGAGUGAAGUCAAUCUGAACGAUUUCGCUGUCGGUGACUUGAGAGAGGAGGGGAUUAAAGAGGAAGAAGAAGACGCUGAGUCUACUCCUGUUGAGGUGGAGGGUCUAGCUCCUGUUGCGGAUGAGGCUCCUCUUACUGAAGCGCCUGAGGACAUCGUCGUUGUGGAUGAAGCGGUUCCUGAACCCAUAGAGGCAGAACUUACGGGUCCUAACGCAACCGAUGAGGAAGAGACAGUUGUCUCUACUCCUGUUGCAGAGGUCCAAGCUUCCCGGAUACUUCGCUCCCACUCUGCCGAUCCCGAUAAAGCCAGUCGUUUGUCGCGAGUAUACACGUCCUCGACACUGCAGGAUGGCACAAGUUCCCAGACGGGCGAUGACUCUUCGAUCAGCACCAACACUGGGCGGCGCAAGAAACGCACCAAGUCGGCUGACCCGAACAAGGGACCCAAGAAGCGCUCAAAGCGCAAAGUUGUCAUUGAUGACUUUGAGAUGAUGCGUGUCCUUGGAAAGGGGUGUGCAGGCAAGGUCUUACUUGUGAGACACAAGACGAGCUCGGAUCUGUAUGCCCUGAAGGCAAUCACGAAGCGUCAUGUGUUGGCGCACCAGGAGUUGCAGCAUACGUUGACCGAACAAGCCGUGCUCAAACGGAUGGCAGCAGAGUCGAAAGACCCAUUCGUUGUUAAGCUGUGGUGGAGUUUUCAUGAUAAGGAGAAUCUAUUUUUAGUCAUGGACUUCCAUCCAGGCGGUGACCUUGCCACGCAGCUUGCGCGUUGGGGUAGGCUAGGUCGGGACCGUGCCCGAUUUUACGCCGCGGAGAUAGUCGAGGGUGUCGAGGGCCUACAUGCAGCCGGCGUCAUCUACCGCGAUCUCAAACCUGAAAACAUCCUUAUUGGUGCAGACGGGCACAUCGUACUGACAGACUUUGGCCUCUCAAAAGAGUUCCCACGCCGUGUAGCCGCAACGACCGCCCCUCCUACCCCCACACGGGGCGAGUUCUAUUCAGCUCCGGGCAUUGAGCCUGCGACGCCGCCCUGGAUGAAGGUCGAGAAGAGCCAGGACCUUGUAAUGGGAUGGCAUGGGCAGACUGUUGGCCCUAUGGACACGACGACGACUUUUUGUGGCACAGCAGAGUAUUUGGCUCCAGAGGUGAUCCAGGGACUGCCAUACAGUUACGAGGUUGACUGGUGGAGUUUUGGCACCAUGCUUUAUGAGAUGUUGACGGGAAUUACGCCAUUCUGGGCGAAUAACCACUCCGACAUGUAUGUCAGAGUCCUGCAGGACGAGCUGCAAUUCCCUGAGGACAGAGCGAUUGACCAAGAUACUAAGAGCUUGAUUAGAGGGCUCUUGCAACGAAAUCCUGCACUUAGGAUGUGCGAGCCGCGGAUCAAGCGGCACCCGUACUUCUCCAUGAUUGACUGGUCGCACGUGUAUUACAAGCGCUAUAUACCCCCCUAUAUCCCACCUAUUGACCCAUCCAAUGCCAGUGAUACCCAGAACUUCGACGACACAUUCCUGGAUAUGGAACCAGUGAUUGACGACCCGAAUGAUCAGGAACAGACUGAUACAGACCGUGACCAAACGGACGCUGAGCCUACAGAUGGGGAAGGCGAGGAUUCAAAUACGACGCCCUCGCAUUCCCGUAGCCCAUCAGUGCACCCAAUUGACGAGAGCGUCGAUGUCUUUGACGGGUACUCGUUCAAGGGCCGGCAUUCUGUUAUCCUGGAUGACGACGACGACGAUGACGCAUCUGGAGAAUCUGAACGGGAAGAGACUGAUGAGGAAGAGAUACCAGAGAUUCUUGCAAAUACUGCGGAAACCCAGCUGCAACCGGAGGUCGAGGAGGCGUCACCUGUUCUUAAUGAAGCGACUCCAGAACCAAAGACUCCUGAAGCGAGACCACAAGUUCUACCAGAGGAGCAGCCUGCCGAGAUCAUCGCUCAGCCGCAAGAGGACACUGCAACAGCAAUUGAGGAACCUGCAACGCUAGUUGAGCCUAUCGCACCCUUAGAGCCGACAUCUUCUCCUCUCAAAGAAUCACCAUUGCCAACUACUCCCACGUCGCCACCUCAGGAGAUUGUGCCUAUUCCACCAGCCAAGGAUGUCAAGCCAAAGGUCACGAAGCCAGCCGCCUCUCGGCCGAGCGCCCAUCGUGGAACGCGAAAUCGCCGAGAGAAAUCUGGUGUCCCUGCGCUUGACCGCUUCCUUUCCGAUGGCCCUGAUGAGGAAGAAUGUACGGAGAAGGAAGAGGAUGAGGACUGGGACUUUAUUGAAGCUGGAGAUGGUGAGGACCGCAAUGGCACCAAGGGCACAAGCUUGUUUGCUCGGGGUGUCGUCGACCGAUACCGGUUGGCCGUAUUCCGCAAAGCAUCGACCCCUUCGCAACGGAUGGGUGGACGCUCAUUUUCUGGCAUGUCCAAAGAGUCUGACGUUCGCGGUACCGACCCGGCAGAGUCACCUAGUCCAUCAGAGAAGCACCGUCGCGGACGUACACCUGCGUUGAAGUUCCGAAAAGCGCCCAGACAGUUCCUCCGUGCAAAGUCUCCGCCAUCAUCAUUUUCCGCCAAGUCAGGUUCUACUGCGAAAACCCUCACUCCUUCCACAUCUGCCACGCUAUCAUCGGCAUCAAGCGGUGGCCUUCUAUCGCCUUCCGUUUCGGGCACGAGUUCAACAGCAAUGUGCCCAUCGCUCAAAUCGAAAGAAUCAGCGACUUCAGUCGGCGAAAGUCUAUCGUCGGAUCAGUCAAACGGUGAUACGAUACCAGAAACCCCCCUUUCACCUGAAUCGACGAGGAGAGCCCCGGCCGCUCACACCGAGGAGCCCGAAAAGCUUAAGAACAAAAAGCUCAAGAAGUACAAAGAAGGAGCAGAAAAAAUGCUGUCUCUCUUUGCUUCUCCUCGUCAAUGA